UAUCUUCACGAAUAAGCAAUGUUAUCCACUGUCUCUCGCAUUGCACGCCCUGUUGCUGCUCCCGUUAGCAAUGCUGUUCAAGUCCGUAACAUGGCCACCUUGAAAGAAAUUCAACAACGUUUGAAGUCUGUUCAAAACAUUGAAAAGAUUACCAAGUCUAUGAAGAUGAUUGCUUCCACCAAAGUCAGCAAGGCUCAACGCGGUAUGGAAGCUGCUCGUACUUUCGGUCAAGCUUCUCACUCUCUCUUUGAAAGUGCUGAAACCAAAGCUGCUGAAGAUGGUAAGGUUCUUUACAUUGCCUCCUCUUCUGACCGUGGUCUCUGUGGUGGUAUUCACUCCAGUGUCUCUAAGGCUACCCGUAAAGCCAUUGCUGAAGACCCUGCCUCUGAACUUGUCAUCCUUGGUGACAAGCCCAAGGCUCAAUUGAGUCGUGUUGUUCGUAAGAACAUCCGUAUCACUUUCAACCAAAUUGGUAAGGAUAUCCCCACUUUUGAAGAAGCUUCUUCCAUUGUCGAUGUUAUCAAGUCUUCUGAAAUCGAGUUUGACUCUGCCAACAUCAUUUACAACAAGUUCAACUCUGUUGUUUCUUACGAAGCUGAAGCCAUUCCUGCUUACUCUCAAGACACCUUCAAGAACUCCCCUAACUUUGCUGUUUAUGAAAUCGAAGAUGAUGUUCUUGCCAACCUUCAAGAAUUCACCUUUGCCAACAGUGUUUACUGGGCUAUGGUUGAAGGCCAUGCCUCUGAAAUGAGUGCUAAGCGUGCUGCUAUGGAGAACGCCACCAAGAACGCUGGUGAAAUGAUUGGUAAAUUGACCAUGACUUACAACCGUGGUCGUCAAGCCGUUAUUACUAACGAAUUGAUUGAUAUUAUUACUGGUGCUUCUGCUCUUUAAGUUAUUUGCACAUUUAGGAGAAAAAAAAAAGAAUAAGAUGAGGGACAGUCGUUAGAACAAAAGAAACACCAGCAUAUAUCUUAUUCUUUUUUUUUUGUUUGUAUCAAAAAAAAAGAAACCCCUCAAUAAAACUGUCUUUCUAUUCUGACAAGCGUUUUAUUGAUCUAUUCAGAAACACUUUAAAAA